AUGAAAGUCAUUGUGGCUGGACUGCCACGCACGGCAACUACCAGCAUCAAGGCUGCUCUGGAACAUCUCGGAUAUGGACCAUGUUAUCACCAUAUCGAGCCGCUGAACCAGUAUGAUCGGAUCAAGCUUAGCUCAGAGAUCAUCGCCUGCAAAGAUAAGAUUCAACGACAGAAGAUGUUACAAAAACUUUUCCACGGUUUCGAGGUAGCCUUGGAGCACCCAGCCGGACCAUGCCUUGAUGAUCUCCUUGAGAUAUAUCCGGACGCAAAAGUGAUUCUAUCCACUCGGAAAAAUGCCUCAGUCUGGCUCGAAUCUUUCCUCGGAAUGGGCCCAGAUCUAAGAUCUCCUCUAUUCCGCUUUACAACAUACUGGUUGCCAGGAGUGUGGACUACGAGCAACCUACACGAAGCAUGGCUUAGGCAGUGUAACGAAAGAUGGGGCAUACCGAAACCAUGCACCGAGCUCUACCAUGCCCAUAACGGAUGGGUGAGAACUAUAGUCCCCGAAGACCGGCUCCUCGAAUUUCAACCUGCGAUGGGGUGGAACCCGCUGUGCAAAUUUCUGAAAAAAGACCGCAGUUCCAUCACUGGGCCAUUUCCCCGACUAAAUCCUCGACAAUACCUCAAGGGUCUGAAGGAUAUGGCUCAGAUCGUCGGAGGUCUGAUCUGGUUUGCUUUGUUCGUGGUGUUGGCUAUUCUUAUGGGACUUUCCUUCAAUGUGCCAUUCGAUGCAAGGAAAGCUUUAGGUUAUGUCUCUGAGACAAAAGUGCUAUAA